GGUUUUGUUUCUGCUGUAAGUCAUAUGCGUCCAUUUGUUCCAGCUGUUUUCGACAUGACAGUGGCAAUUCCUAAAAGCUCACCCUCACCUACAAUGCUUAGACUUUUCAAGGGGUAAUCUUCAGUGGUGCAUGUACACGUUAAGCGGCAUCUUAUGAAGGAACUACCUGAAACAGACGAGGCUGUUGCGCAAUGGUGUAAAUAUAUGUUUGUGGAGAAAGACAAGUUGUUGGACAAACACGUAGCUGAGGACACUUUUAGUGACCAACCAUUACAGGAUAUUGGUCAGCCGAUUAAAACUCUUUUGGUUGUUUCUUCUUGGGCAUGUAUUGUGGCUUAUGGAGCUCUCAAAUUUCUGCAAUGGUCUUCACUUUUAUCCUCAUGGAAAGGGAUGUUGACAGCAGUUGGCUUAGCCAUUGUUACUAUUCUCAUGCAAAUCACGAUUCUCUUCUCUCAGUCUGAGCGUUCAACUCCUGCCAAGGUUGCACCCGGGAGGCCAAAGAAUAACGGGGAGAGUUCCGAGGCAAGACGAGACAAACAGCAGUAGGUUGAGCCUUUCCUCGCAAGAUAUCAGCAGGGAAGUACAUUUGCAGCCAUAUUUUGGUAAACCUAAAAUGUGUGCUAUUUAUUACACUUUGACUUAGUAGUCAAAACAUGCUUUCAUUUUAGACUGA